CUGUGUUGCGCAGGAAAUAAGUUAUUUUAACUCUUCUUCCACAUUAGGGUUUUGUUUCAUGAAAGCAUAAAGCCGUCGCUGCCGCUCUAUCCGUCCCCUCUCUACUACAUUCUUACCUGUCGGGAACAAAACAACAAGCCAUGGCGGAACAGACUGAGAAAGCUUUUCUAAAGCAACCUAAGGUCUUCCUCAGCUCCAAGACAUCAGGCAAGGGAAAGCGACCUGGGAAGGGUGGAAACAGAUUUGUGAAGAACAUCGGCUUGGGCUUCAAGACUCCUCGCGAAGCCAUUUCAGGAACUUACAUUGACAGUAAAUGUCCUUUCACUGGAACUGUUUCUAUUAGAGGUCGUAUCUUAGCUGGUACUUGCCACAGUGCCAAGAUGCAGAGGACCAUUAUCGUGCGAAGGAACUACCUUCACUUUGUCAAGAAGUACCAGAGGUACGAGAAGAGGCAUUCGAACAUCCCAGCUCAUGUCUCUCCUUGCUUCCGUGUCAAGGAAGGCGACCAUGUCAUCAUUGGCCAAUGCAGGCCAUUGUCCAAGACUGUGAGGUUCAAUGUGUUGAAGGUGAUACCAGCUGGUGCUUCUGCUUUCUCAAAGAAGGCUUUCACUGGAAUGUAAGGAGGGAUUUUCUUGGAUAGUGUUGAGAUCUACUACUAUUUUAUCCAUUUUAUCUAUUGAGAAUUUCACAUUUAAUUUUCAAGAUUUUAAUGCACUAUGAUUUUUGUCUACUUGUUAUAGCUUUUUAAUCCCAGUUUCGAGA